AUGUCCGAUUCGACUUCUUACCAACAAUUUUACUUGCCUCCUCCUUCUUCUUCAUCUCAUGACCCUCUCUCGUUUUCUUCUUCUCAACAAUCAAAAACCAAUAACGACUCUCAAUCUUGUUCUCAUCCCGGUAUCGGAACCAACAAUGGGGCUCAAAUACCUACAAAUACGAUCAACUUGAAUAUCGAAUAUCAAGAUUCAUAUCCUUAUCCUUAUCCUUAUCAGGUACAAUACCCUUAUAAUCCCACUUCUUCAUCAUUCGAGUAUCAACAGACUAUACAACCUCAAUCACCGCCAAGUUCUUUCGAUUAUUCUCAGCAAACCUCAUCGUCACCUAUCUCAGCAUCAUUCCCUGUUCCUUCAGAAUACUAUCAGUCAUAUCCCAACGCUCAAGCCACAAUUCUCAAUACUGUACCAUCGUCCUCGCCAACCCAAUAUCUGCCCCAAGUAGGAGUGGCGAAUUUUCCAUCUCAACCAGUGUCGGACAUAGGAGUCAAUACUUUCCCAUCAACCAGUGCACAACCGCUGACUAUCACCAAAGAAGGUCAAAUAAUGGAGAGAGGGUAUAAUUGGCCAACGCCCAUAGCGUUAGAAGGGAAGAUGCAGGAUAUGCAAUUAGAGAAUCAGAGUGGUGGUGGGAUGUGGCACAGCACCGAGACUGGUCCGAGCGUUGUGAACGUGGCGAAUGAAACGAAUUUAUUCGAAACCAUCAAUACCAGUACUUGCCCUUCAUCUUCCUCGAGCUCGUAUUUAUCUCCGAGUAUACCAACAUGGGAAACGGACACAUCAACAUAUCAAGUAUCCACCACGUCAACGACUCAGCCUACUACUCCUGGACAGGCAUUCACUCCCAGACCCUCAUGGCAGUCUUAUACUUCACCUGCCAACUAUGGAUACCGACCUCAUCCGUAUCCACCAGACCAACAACACUAUCGAGUUUCCUCAUCUUCACCCACAUCCCCAUCUCACAAAUUACCUACGUCGAUCCCAUUCACCACUUCAUUCUCUCUAUCUACUCCUGCACCAUCAACUCCCGCAUUUGUAGUAAGACCAUCACUCGAGAUGUUGACUACCAAAGUGGCCAGACCGAAGAGGAGAUUACCUACUCCACCGAGAAUAAGCGGCUGGGUACCACCUGAACAAAGACCUUUACCUUCAAGCGAUAUGGGUGAAGAAGGUAGACCGAGGAUGUUACCUGUCGUUACACCCGAAUACUUCUCAUCCAACCAUCCUCAUCCGACCCCCAAUCCAUCUUCUUCUUCUACUACUAUGAUGAUACCUUCCGUUCCCCGAUCAAUGUUUACGAAAGUAUCAAUAUCAGAGUGUGAUACUUGUCUUCCACAAGUACAAACUCAGAAUCAAGAUACUUUCGCAUUCGCAAUGUCUAAUCCUCCCGACACCUCAAUCACCAAUCUUACCAUGCCCACCUCAUCUCAUGUACGGGCGAUUGCCGAUCCUACAUCCACUGAUCCUCUACCAUCAUCCCAGACUCAACCUACCCUGUCAAUAGCAGUACUUUCCAAAAGGGAUUUGCUGACUCGACAACCAUUCGACCCUUCUGGAUCUGGCUCUGGACCUUCCCGACCUCGGACAGAGCCAUAUGCAGUACGACAGAGGGGUAGACCAAGGUCCAAGGCUGGUACGGCCAAGAGACCUUCGACGGGUGGGUCUACAUUGGGGAUGGGAACCUCGAGGAGAUGGAGGAUCGAGCAGAAGCUCGCGAGCAGUAUCGGGAUGAGGAGGUUCAUGUGCCCGGAUUGCGAUGAACCGUUCACCAGGAGGAAUGAUCUCGAGCGUCAUCAGAGAUCAAAACAUACUGGUGAAACUCCGUUCAUCUGUCCGGGAUGUGAGAAGGGCUUUAGCCGGAAAGACAAACUCGAUCAGCAUAUCGAGAAAGUCCCGGCUUGUAAGGCUAUCGCUCCACCUCGAGAGGAGAGAGUACGGAGACGGAACAACAACAAGGUUGAACCUAUUCCUAAUCCGCAAUAUCUUCCUCAUCCUCAUCCUCAUCCUCAUCCUCAUCCGCAUCCGCAUCCGCAUCCGCAUCCGCAUCCGCAUUCGAACUCGAACUCGACUUCGAGUUCUACCAAUUAUCGAUAUGAUCCCAGGUUAUACAAUGAUAAUCUCGAUAACAACCAUUGUAAUCCGACGAGUUGGCUUGGGACUCAAUCAAGUCAAUCUUAUUAUGAGUAA